AUGGCCACGGCGCAGACGGCGCAGCCUUACCAUACACAGAGAUCUGGUCAGGCAAAUGGGAGCUCCUCGACACUGGAGCACACGCGAAGGACAUCGCUGGCCUCCAUUAUUCCCUCUUCACGCUCCGCAUCUCAAAUGUCGCAUCACUCCUCGAGACCAUCGCGGUCGCCCAUACCGCCGGUCGUCUUCGCGGAAGGCAUGACCUCCGAACCCGACCGAACCUCGGAUCCAAGUUCCAAGUCCAAGACGCCUUCGACGGGCACGGGCAUCUCGUCGCAGCAUUCCUCGCUCUCAGGCAGCAGCAUGGUGCACAUGCCACGCUAUAAUUCGGAAAAGCACUCUCGGCGCAAGUUAAAAUCACAAUACCCACGCGGGUCGACGGAGAACCAUGUCGAGUAUAUCUUGGUUGCGUCCUUUGAUAUUGACCGGGGGCCGGUCAUGGAGCACCAGUACCCAGUGGCUAUAACGGGCGAUGAACACAUGUUGGCAGAGCUUAUGUUGCCCGACCAGGCGCACAUGAGGAACCAGGAUUGGACAAUAUUUUUCCUGCACAAGGACACAAGCCAAGAGGAGGAAGAUCAAGAGAAGCGCGCAAAAGAAGAGAGGAGACGAAGGCGGCAGAGGAGGAGGGACAGAGCUGCGGGCAUCAUCCCUGAGGGGGCUGGGGACGACGGCGAAGACAGUGAGGGGGACGACGAUGACGACGACCUUGACGACGACGAUGAGUCUACAGACAACGAGGCCGAGGGUGGCGAGGGACCGCCCUUGGUUUAUGUUUUGAACCUGGUCAACACGAAACAGGACAAGACGGUGAAAAGAGGAGCAAUAGUGAAGGCAAUGGCCAUCUGCACGAGACAUCCUUUCCUUCACAUUUACAAGCCCCUCUUAUUAUUAGCUUUGGAAGAGUACUUCAAGUCACCGGUGCCGGAAACGCUGGCUAUGCUCUACGAUGCGGUCAACGCCAUGGACCUUUCCCUGAUGCCCAGGUUGAGCUAUCUGGAAAGACAGCUCUUGCAAUCAAGUGAAAACAAGGAUCUCUUUGUUGAGAAAUUUGAGAAGAUGGUGCAGAUGAGGAUAGAAGAGAAUAAGGACACGGGAGGAGCCGGCAGGGCAGAGCAGUCUGUGGAUAGCAGUCGUGACGCGCUGAAACGACCGCAGAUAUCUCGCGCUGGGACGAAGGCCCAUCUCGAAGGAACGGGCCAGUACUCUGUGCCCAGGGACACGCACGAGUUCGAGACCAAGGUCAUGUACAAGGGCAUACCGAUACCGAUCAAGGUGCCUGUGGCUGUCAUGCCCGAGUCUGUGGGCGACUUCUCCCUCAUCAAGCUCAUCCAAAACUUCUCAGACCCGCACACCAAGCAACCACAACCAUUUCCGCCACACGCACACCUGACCACCAACGGCCCAUCUACCCACCCGAUCAUCGUUCUCGCCAACGCACUCCUGACGCAGAAGAGAGUCAUCUUCCUUGGCCACAACAUGCCCUCUGGCGAAGUUGCUGAAGCUGUCCUGGGCGCAUGUGCCUUGGCAUCCGGCGGCGUGCUCAAGGGCUUCACGCGAUAUGCCUUCCCGUACACGGACCUGACCAAAAUCGAUGACCUCCUCAAAGUACCUGGAUUUAUUGCUGGCGUCACGAACCCAACGUUCGAGAUGCACCCCGAGUGGUGGGAUGUGCUCUGCGACCUGCCGUCUGGACGUGUGAAGAUCAGCAGCAAGGUCGAGCCCGCACCUAUCACCGAAGGGCAGAUGUAUUUCCAACAGCAAAGCCCAGGGCAAGCGUCUCUCGUCAACGUGCCCCUCUCGACAUCCUCAUCCGCUCCGGAUCUGACAGGCGACCAGGCCUUUAUCGGAGACGUCUUGAAGAGCAUUGCCGCUCGUCACGGCGAGCGAGUGGUACGGGCCAAAUGGCGAGACUGGGUUGCCAAGUUUACCCGUGUGGCGGCCGCGUUUGAGGAGAGUGUGUAUGGCGCAAGCGCUCUGUACAUUGGAGGCGAUGACGGCGUAGAAGAAACCCCUGGAACCGGGCCGACCAAGUUCGGGACGAACGGGAUCCUGAGCGGGCACGGGUAUGUCUGGCCGGAUGAGCUAUCGAAGCAGAAGGAGCUGGCUGGCAACGUGACGAGGAUAGAAGGCUGGAGAAACACUAGGAGUUAUUACAGCUUCAUCCAGGACAUGGCCAAGCUCUACACCAUCCGCCCACUCAAGGGUCUGGACCUGCACCACCUGCACGAUCGUCUCCGUAUGCAGCGCAUGACAGCCUCGCAGACGCGUGAGAUCUACCUCUCCUUCUCGCGGUUUGUCAACAGCUACGACGAAAUCUGCCUCUUCCUGUCGGUGGCACCCGAGUCCCACGCGGGGCUCUUUUACCUAGCCCUGGGCCUCUUUCACAAGGACAGGGAGGUGCGGAUCAAGACAGCGGAGCUGCUGGACCGCAUUGGCGAACAUGAGGCGGGCCAGCACUGGUGGAGAGGCAUGUCGCGGUUCGAGAAGCUGGCAUAUAUGCGUAUCAAGAGGGAAGCAGACGCCGAGGCAAAGACUAAAUCGAACGGAGAGGUGCUUGUUCCUGAGGAGAGGAGAGCCAGCUGA